CUUCGCCACGUCCCUGGGCUAAUGCCUCCGCUAUCCAGCCAGUCCAACAUUACCCGCUUCUUCAAACCAUCAUCCAAAGAAGAUGCUCGACCCCCCUCGUUAGAAGUCAACGAUGGUACAAAGCGGUCCUCGACCUCCCGAUCGAAUGCAUCCACCACUCAGAGCUCCUUUCGCCCAGUUUCGCUCUCGAUACGCUCCCCAACAGCGGAGCGAGGAUCGGCCAGAGAUGCGAUAGAUCCCACUUCUCCCCUCUCUCCCAUACAAACAUCCUUAUCGCCAGCGUCUUCCAGCAUGAAUGACAUGACCACCUCUCCCGGCACGGGAGCUCCAUCGUCGUCGGCUCCGAACCGCUCCUUCGCCUCGACCACAUCGUCAAAACGUGCGAUAAGGAACGGCGUGGAAAUCAUUCGACCCUCAGAUAGCGACGAAGAUUCCGAUUCAUCACUAGCUGAUCUGGUAGAGCUAUACCACACGUUUAACAAGCAAUCGGGCCGCACCUCCAUCAAGUCCCGAGAGAAGCUAUCCCCAAAGAGUCCAACCGACCGCGUUUUCCGAUCGUCCACGAGCGCGACCAAGACCCUCCGCCAACGCAAUGCGCCGAAAGCAAUCGAGAAGCCGAAGUUUUCGCUUGCCUCUCUGGUUAAGUCCGCCCAAACAGACGCCAAGAGAGAGGAAGAGAUAGCCAGGAUCAAAGCAAUACUCGAUGCCCCAACCGAUUCCGACGACUCCGAAACGAGGCCCAAAAGACAUCGAUCAUCGCGACUCGACACCAAGACGAUUGCCUUGGCCCUGGAUGGGGAGGAAAGCGAUGAGGUCGAGCGACUGGAGAAGGCCGUUAAGCGUACCAACGCCCUACAGCAAGAUCCAUGUUGGCACUUCUUUCAGGAGAAGCACGAAUCGCGACCUUCUCCACCAUUCCCCAAGCUGUCUGAUUCGAAUAGUAUAUGGGCUCGCGUCUUCCAAACCCCCCCAAAGCGAGACGAUGCCUUCAUCACGGGCUUCGUCGAACGCAUGGCUUCACGACAUUCGCUACCCGACGAGGUGUAUGUGUAUAUGCUCGAAUACUUGAGCUGCGAUCCUCGGGAUGACUUGGCGUCGAGUUACUUGAAAGUACUUCAAACCGCUCCCAUGAAUGACGUGCUCACUUCUUCUCGACUGAAAGAGUUACUUCGGGGUGUCGGAGCCGGCCAGUGGGCGUUGGAUUUCGACCACCAACUGGUUCCUGAGCCUAAGAGUCCGAAAGAGAUUCCCGAGUGUACGCUCUCUCGUGGGCUAUCAUGGAUCCUGCGGCUCCUCCAGUACAGUGCCUCCGGCCUAUCAGACCAUCUCCGAGGUUUCAUCAUUGUGAUAUUGAUGCGCAUGUCCUUAGAUGAUACCGUGUCACUCGACUGUGAAAUUUCUCGACUGGUCAACGUAGCACUAUCUACUUUGUUCAGCAACAUCGAAGUCCCCGAGCCCGAAUAUAUCCUCGGCGUUUCCGAGAUCAUCUUCAAUACCACCACGAAUACAUUACUACAGGCCAAACUAAUCCAAGUCCUACCGUCACAAACUCCUAUCUUACAUCGUCUCCGACGACGACUCGCGCUGAGUUUCGGACUGACCUCGGCGGAGUAUCUAGACGCCGACCUCACCAACCCGAUCCUCAUGGACACCGUCAUUCGGCACCUCCGCACCUCCCCCGAAUAUAUGUACCAGCCGCACGCGGACUACGUCAUGAUGCGAGCUCGCGUAUUCCUUCUCGACACCGCUCUCGACAGCGGAUUCUCGUCGCUCCUCUUUCCCGCAUGGCGGCUUCCAAGCGCUGCAGGCGCACCAUCAAACGGAACAACAUCCCUAAAAGCACCACUCCCACUUCCCGUUAUAACCCCCAGCUCGCCGAAGCGAGGUACUCGUCCCUCGACCGACCCGGGCAGCGAAUCCACCUUCAACGCGUCAGCCGCCGCGCUCUCCGACUCCAUCAACCGCAUCAGCGCGCGACUGGACUAUGCCGGCCCGCAAGAUCUCGCCCGCAUGGAAGUGUACGGGACACUGAGUCGCUGGCAGCUCCGCGUCGAGCAUGCAGUGCGGACCAAGGAGCGGAAGAAACGGGUGUGGUUCGAGGACCGCUCGGCGGAGGAGGAGAAGCAGAAGAGGGCGAUGGAAGCGUGGCUGGAGGAGCAGAAGGGGUCGAAAGCAAGGGAAGACAACGCCGAGGCUAGGGCGGAAAAUGACCCAAGAUCGUCCGAGACCCAGGCGGCGCUCGAUGACCAACUGCGGAUGGAGAUGGAAUCCUGAUGACGACGAAUAUCCUAGCGUAUGGAUAGCAAUGCUUCUCGGUAUGGCGUGGAGUUACGGGGAUUCGGGUCGUUCACUACUGAUCCAGAAAGUGGUUGGCUUCGGAAUAACGCCAUAUAUGAAUAGAGUAUAGGUCAUCGACACCGUAUAUUUAUGAGAGGUUACGUAAAACCCAUGGAACUAGUGCG